AUGAAGACGCUUAUUUGCUUUGGCAUUCUUCAAAUUCACCGUAUAUUUUGUAGCUUCAACAAAUCGUAUGAAUCCGAUGAAGAAAGAGCAUUCCGCUUUUCGGUUUUUGUCGAAAACGUUCAAGACUUCGAAGAAGAGGAACGGAAGCACCCAGGGCUUGACCUCGAUGUCACACAGUUUGCAGACUGGACAGAGGAGGAGAUGAUUCAGGUACACACAAAAAGACCUUCAAAUACGAGUAAAUUCCGAGCCAAGUCGAAUACACGGCGCGAUCGAGAUGCAUUACCGUUUCUUAGGCAGUGUGGUUCGUGUUGGGCAUUCGCCACAGUGGCCUCUAUUGAAGCAGCGAAUGCUAUAAAAACGGGCCAGUUGACAAGACUUAGUGAACAGGAGAUGGUCGACUGUGACACACAGAACAAUGGCUGUCAAGGUGGAUAUCGACCAUAUGCAAUGAGGUGGGUUCUUUCUGAAAUUACAAAAAUCACUGCAAGGAGUGAACAUGAACGAGUUUUCAUUCAAAGCUAUCGUAUGCUCUCAUCCAAUGAAGAAGUGAUUGCUGAUUGGAUUGCAGCUAAUGGUCCCUUUCGUCCGUUUUUUCAGCAACAUUCCCUGGGUUCACAUGCGCUCACAUUCGUUGGCUAUGGCACCGAAAAUGGCCAGCCUUACUGGCUCGUGAAGAAUUCAUGGGGUUCAAGAUGGGGCCAGAGUGGAUAUUUCAAAUUGGUUCGUGGUCAAAACGCAUGUGGUGCCGCAAAUGCGGUAGUCAGUCCGAUUAUGGGUAAAUAA